AUGGCUGAAUCACAUGAUUAUUCUUCUUUCCUACCCACUCCACCACAGACACAACUGCCUAGUCAGCAGCAGCAGACGAGAACAGGACCUCAAAGUGACGAGAGUCGGGCCAUACGGGAAGCAGCGCGGCAGCGGCUGCAAGAGCAAAGGCGACGCGAGCGGGAGGCGAUAAGAUAUCAGCAGCAGACAGUGAGGUGGGUGCAGGAGGAAGAGCGCCGCCGCCAACGAGUGGAGAAACGAGCGGAGAUAAUUCGGCAGCGGGAAGAAGAACGCCGCCGCCAACAAGAGGAGAGGAUACGACAGCAGGAACUAGAAAGAGAACGCCACCCACAAACUGAAGAGAGAAGACAGUGGCUGGAGAGACACCGUCGGCGUCAAGAGGAGGAGGCUCGACGUCGAGAGGAGCUGGCGUCGCACACGAGAAAGCGCCGUCGACGAGCUAGGGAGGCGAGACAGGAGCUAGAUUUACCAAACCCGGAGUAUGAAUCCUUCUUGGGGCACCCGAGGUCUCUUAAGCGCGCGAAGACUGACAAUAACCAAAGACGUCGUCAGCCACGGCAAGAUGGACCUUCUGGCACCAUACCGGCCCAACAGGCAGCUCCUCCUGACCUGAUGUCCAUGGAGAUGAUUAUGCGGCACAAAGAAGCGCUAGGCAGGCUGAUGCAAGCAGUAGAGCAAUCCUUCCAAGAGAAGCAAGCGGCCUCGAAUCGCCGUGAUUGGUGCAACCCUGUGCCUGCAAAUCGUAAGAUCGACACAGUCCAGUCCUUUCUGAAAGCCUUCCACGAUGAAGGCAGCAUGGAGAUAGCAGUAUGCUCGGUUUGCUAUCUACAGAAGAAGCCACGGGACCUAGACCAUGUCGACUGGGAAAGGGCGUUGCAUGACGAGAUUCGUUCAGCAAUGACCAACUUACUGGCGUGUAAGAGAUGCUUCCCGGAGGGAGAUGGCGAGACUGUAGUGCCGAUAUGCUUUUCCUGUCGAGAGGCUUUCGACCGAGGCAGAGUCCCGGAGGCAUGCAUGGGGAGCACGAUGCUCAUCGGCUGCGAGCAUCGGUAUCCAAAGGAGCUGAAAGACCUUACCCCUCUCGAGGAGAAGCUGAUCUCUUUCAAUGUGGCAUAUGGGUUCAUCACUAAGUUUAACAUCCAACGUGGCCAGCUAACCGGCCCGACAUAUCGGAAGCACGUCGCGGGUCACAUCACGGUGUUCCCCAACGACGUGGAGUCUUUGGCUGCCACAAUCCUGCCGCACCCACUUGUGUCGACACUGGAGCAGGUGCAUGUGAUUUGGACCGGCUUAGAGCGGCCCACGCCUCGAGAUGUGAGUAAACUGCUCAGCGUUCGACCUGGUGCCAUCCGCACAACGUUACAGUGGCUGCGAGCAAACAACCCUCUUUACGUCGACAUUGUGAUCAAUGAAGAGGAGAUGGAAAGUUGGGAUUUUGAAGGCGGCAGCGAUGUGCCAACACAAGCCUACCAACGCAUGGUGAGGGAAGAAGAGACUGCAGAAGAGCUUAUACGGACAGCACAGAUCGUGCCUCCAACUGAUCGAGGGCAGGACACUCCUGGUCAAUCGUCAUCGGUCGAGGACAUUGCGAUAGAGCUGGCAGAAAAGUCUAAGUGUAACCCUGGACAAUCUGAGCCUGCGCCGCAUGGCGUACAGCAACCCCCUAGCUUGGAGGAGGCGACGGCCGAGGAAACGUCAGAGCGGGCGUUUGAGCUGCGCUCCUCGGCGAUGUUCCCGAUCGACGAGCAGGCUGCCUUCGCAGAGGAGGACAAGCUAGAGUUCAUCAGUAUAGCCCUGCAGGCAGAGCGCCAAUUCGACGAUAGGUACGAAGGUGUUGCAGGCGAAGCCCCGUCGAUGCAGGUUCAUGGCUCCUCAGGUCGUCCGUUCAUCCGGGUAUCACAUGGUCGCGCGAGUUCGCGGACGGCUUUUCUCCAGACUAUUUCCCAAAAACCUUCCCUACCUGCUUCCCUUAUGGCCACGGCGGACCACGAGCGGCGGACCGGAACGAGGUGGGAGAUCCAGCAAAUCCCCUGA